ACUGACACGUACUUCCGGUGUCAUAAUCCUCAGAAACAGUACUAUCCAGAAUGCCGAAAGAAAACAACUUGCGUGAUAAAUUGGAGGGAAAUGAGCUGGACCUCAGUUUGAACAAUUUAAGUGUUGUUCCAGUGAAGGAACUGGCAGCCUUACCGAAAGCCACUCGAUUGGACUUGUCUUGUAAUGCCAUAACAAUCCUUCCAGAUGCAUUCUGUAGCCUUUCACACCUGGUAAAGAUUGACUUGAGUAAAAACCAGCUUGGGGAACUGCCUCACCAGUUUGGUCUGCUACAGAAUCUUCAGCACUUAGAUCUCCUUGGCAACCAGCUUUCUAUCCUCCCUAUAAGCUUCUUCCAGCUACGUAAACUCAAAUGGCUGGAUCUCAAGGACAAUCCGCUAAAGGAGGAUCUCAAGAAAGUUGCUGGUGACUGUCUGGAUGAAGCACAAUGUAAAAAAUGUGCUCAAAGGGUCUUGGACUACAUGAAAGGCAUCAAUUCUGCAGUGGAGAGGGAGAAACAGAGAAAACUUACCCUCCAACGAGAGAAAGAUGCAGCCGAGAAAGCAUUGGAGGAAGAGGAGAUGCAGUUAAAACGAGACAAACGUAAACAAGCAAAGGCAGAACGUCAACGACAGCAACAGGAACAACGACAGCAGAUGAACCACCAACAGCAGGAGGCACACAGAUUUGAGGAAGAAGAGGAAGAAGUUGAAGAAGUUGAAAUGAAUGGAACACAGCAGCAAAGACAGUCUCAUAAAAAAGGCGGUGGAUGCUGCUCGUGGUUUUUGUGGAUGGCACUGUUCGCUAUGAUCACAGCUCUGUUGGUCGGCGCCGUUAAUAUUUACCAGAAGGAAAUUGAAGCUAACCCACUCUACAGCGAACAUGUAAAACCUGCAUGGGACAAGUAUGGAAGCCCCUAUUGGAGCACAUAUGUCAUACCACCUUGGAAUAUGUAUGGAGACCCAACAUGGCAAAAAGUGAAAUCAUUUUGUAAGGAAACGACCGAAGACAUAAAAGAUUUCAUAGAUGGGAAAUUAAAAUCAAGAGAUAUAAAGAAGAAAAAGUUGAAAUCAAAGAAAUUUAAAGGUAGAAAUGAUAGCUGAAAACUAGUUUUUGAAAAUGUGAAUUAAAUGUCAUCAAGGUAUUUUAGAAAUACUCACAGAUCUAGACAUAUUGAGUUUCACGAAUGGAAUUACAAUUUAAGGUAAUAAGCCCAUACCUGAUUAUAAGUUUGUCCAUACAUUUUGCAGUUCAAUAGAAAUGUCCACAAAUUCUAUUUUAUUGUCCUGUAAUAAGCCCACCCCUUACUCUUAAUAAGAAGUUUUGUGAUGGCCCUGGACUUAUUGCAGUAUUAAUACUAUAGAUAUCAGUUGUAAAAUAAAUGAAAAUAAUUUCAGACCAAUUUAAGAUAUUAAGGAUUUUUUAUUUCUCUCAACAAAAAAAUCAGUAUUUUAAUAAUUAAUAUGAACUACUUGUUCUACAGUGAUCCUAUCAAUUCUUUUUGUCAAGUUCGUGCUUUGGGGUAAAGGUUCAUGCUUAAGGUUAGUAACUCGGGUAAAAUUUCAUAUUCAGGUUAAGAUUUGAAGUCUAAGCCUGUUAUUCAUUUAUUGAACUGAAAUUGCCUGUAGACACUGUUAAUUGAAACUAUUGACAGUUAUAAACAUUUUUUUUUAAAUUAUAGAUGAAGGCUUGAUUCCAUUCAAGAUUAAAAAAGAUAGAAAUAUAAAUGGCGAUCUUCCAUUUUCAUUCUUCAAUGUUAAUAUAUAUUUUUUAUUUUUUUUAUAUAUAUAUUUGAUUUUAAUAGGUGCAAAUUUCUGCUUUAAUACUGCUGAAUCAAAAAUUUUAGAAAGCCACUGCUGUAUAAAAAUUGAGUCUUUCUUUCAAAUUUAUAUGUUCACAAGAAUCCUCUGGCAAUUUGAACAUGCGUGCAUAUUUUGAUAAACAAAAGUUCACCUCUGAAUAGUAUGCAGAUUUAACAUAUAAAACACCGUGGACAUAAUACAAUGUUAAAAGUGGGUAGGGAUAAGAAUUUAGAUUUCUAAUAGCAAACCUUCAAAGGCUGCACAAUGUUAUCAGUAGAACUAACUGAUCCAGGUAGGAUUGUAAGCUUCAUAAUUUGAACCUGGUUCAUACCGCAACUGAAAACUGCUGGAAUUGAAACCAGUGCUUCAAAUGUUCUGGUGAAAGGGUUAUCCUGGAAAAGUAAUGUCGUUUGCUCAAGAUUCCUUAAAAAAGCAGGAAUGUUUAAACUGGAGGCAAUUCUUUGCUAUAAAGCACUGUAACAAAAUUUUUGUAAUGAACGGCUGUUUUAAAGGUUUUGCAUUGAUGUAACUUUACCUUAAUAUCCUUCAAAGGAGAUUGUUUAUUUUAAAUCAUGUACACUAAAACCGACAAACUGGACUGGUUUUUUUCCCCAAAAAAUUUAACUGGAAAAUAUCUUGCCCUGCAAAUUGUCAAUGAACUUUUAAAUGUGAAGUUUGAAUAGAUGAUAUUUUCUUGAAUACAAGAGCUGCAUGUUUUUUAACGAUUUUAAUGUAAGGAUUAGCAUAUCGUUAACUAAGGAGGUUGUAUUCCGUCUUUACGUAUUGCAGAGUUAUCUUCUAUUGUGAGCAGGUAUUGGUUGUUACGUCAUUGGUUUGUG